GAGACCCUCUUAUCCAGUAUCAGAAACCUGACUGAAGAAAGAGACCAGCUAAAGAGCAGCUACCAGAAUCUGACUGCAAAAAAAACCUUACAAACCAAAUAUGAUCGUUUAGUAAAGCUGAUUGGUGAGUGAAACAUCAUCCUCACAGUUAAUAAGCACAAAUAUUCCUUCAUGCUUCUAAAAUAUGUUUGUUCUCAUUGCUCUGUUGUAGAGAAAAGCUGGUUUGAAGAAUUGGAGACUUUUGGAAGCAGCUUUUACUUUUUCUCCCCUGAGAAUAAGAGCUGGAAUGAGAGCAGACAGGACUGCAGAGAGGGAGGAGCAGAUCUGGUGAUCAUAAACAGCAGAGAGGAGCAGAUAUUCCUCAUUGACCAAAAGAAGGAGAGCAGUUUCUGGAUUGGUCUGACUGAUGAAGAAGCAGAAAACACAUGGAAGUGGGUGGACGGCCAACCGCUGACCGACAAAUUCUGGAGGAAGAACGAACCCAACAAUUUUGGUGACAGGGAGGACUGUGCUAUUUUCACCACUGCAGUCGAACACAGUCAGCAAACAUGGAACGAUUAUUCCUGUUCAGGGAAAGAAAACUGGAUGUGUGAAUUCAAUCUGACAAACUUCCACCUGAAUACUUCAACUAAACACCAUUAGAUUUUCACUGCUGGGAUAAAGUGAUGGAGAUCAUUUAAAAUUUAGAGGAUACAGGGUUUAAAUGUUAGUAAUGAGAAUGUCUGGAGACACUGAGAAAUAGACCUCAUGAGUCUUUCUGUAGUCCGUGCCUUUUCCAUAGUAGG